UCGGGACCGACUGCCGCUUCUCUGGCCAGCUCCCGGCAGCCAGGCACCGGCACACGACGGAGCGGGUCGUGGGACCACCCGGCCUCUGUCUGGCCCAGCCAUGGACCGAAAGGUGGCCCGAGAAUUCCGGCACAAGGUGGAUUUCCUGAUCGAAAAUGAUGCAGAGAAGGACUAUCUCUAUGACGUGCUGCGGAUGUACCACCAGACCAUGGAUGUGGCCGUGCUUGUGGGAGACCUGAAGCUGGUGAUCAACGAGCCCAGCCGCCUGCCCCUCUUUGAUGCCAUCCGGCCCUUGAUCCCACUGAAGCACCAGGUGGAAUAUGACCAACUGACCCCCCGGCGCUCCAGAAAGCUGAAGGAGGUGCGUCUGGACCGCCUACACCCCGAAGGCCUCGGCCUCAGUGUGCGUGGCGGCCUCGAGUUUGGCUGUGGGCUCUUCAUCUCUCACCUCAUCAAAGGUGGUCAGGCAGACAGCGUCGGGCUCCAGGUAGGGGAUGAGAUCGUCCGGAUCAAUGGGUAUUCCAUCUCCUCCUGCACCCACGAGGAGGUCAUCAACCUCAUCCGAACCAAGAAGACCGUGUCCAUCAAAGUCAGACACAUCGGCCUGAUCCCUGUAAAGAGCUCUCCCGAGGAGCCUCUCAAGUGGCAGUAUGUGGAUCAGUUUGUGUCAGAAUCCGAGGGAGGACGGGGCAGUCUGGGCUCUACUGGGAAUCGGGAAAACAAAGAGAAGAAGAUCUUCAUCAGUCUGGUGGGCUCCCGGGGCCUUGGCUGCAGCAUCUCCAGUGGCCCCAUCCAGAAACCCGGCAUCUUCAUCAGCCACGUGAAGCCUGGCUCCUUGUCUGCUGAAGUGGGCUUGGAGACGGGGGAUCAGAUUGUCGAAGUCAACGGUAUCGACUUCUCCAACCUAGACCACAAGGAGGCUGUGAACGUGCUGAAGAGUAGCCGCAGCCUGACCAUCUCCAUCGUAGCAGGGGCUGGCCGGGAGCUGUUCAUGACAGACCGGGAGCGGCUGGAGGAGGCCCGGCAGCGCGAGCUGCAGCGGCAAGAGCUUCUGAUGCAGAAGCGGCUGGCGAUGGAGUCCAACAAAAUCCUCCAGGAACAGCAGGAGAUGGAGCGGCAAAGAAGAAAGGAAAUUGCCCAGAAGGCAGCAGAGGAAAAUGAGAGAUACCGAAAGGAGAUGGAACAGAUCGUGGAAGAGGAAGAGAAGUUUAAGAAGCAGUGGGAAGAAGACUGGGGCUCAAAGGAACAGCUGCUCUUGCCUCAAACUAUCACCGCUGAUGUGCACCCGGUACCCCUUCGCAAGCCAAAGUCUUUUGGGUGGUUUUAUCGUUAUGAUGGCAAAUUCCCAACCAUCCGGAAGAAAGGAAAAGAUAAGAAGAAAGCCAAGUAUGACAGCCUGCAAGAGUUGAGAAAGAAUAAGAAGGAACUGGAGUUUGAGCAAAAGCUUUACAAAGAGAAAGAGGAAAUGCUGGAAAAGGAAAAGCAACUAAAGAUCAACCGGCUGGCCCAGGAGGUGUCUGAGACAGAGCGGGAAGACCUUGAAGAAUCGGAAAAGAUUCAGUAUUGGGUGGAAAGGCUCUGUCAGACACGACUUGAGCAGAUUUCCUCUGCUGAUAAUGAGAUUUCAGAGAUGACUACAGGGCCCCCACCUCCCCCACCUUCUGUGUCUCCCCUGGUCCCACCCUUGAGACGCUUUGCAGGCGGGCUGCACCUGCACACCACGGACCUGGAUGACAUCCCCUUGGACAUGUUCUACUAUCCCCCCAAGGCUCCCUCUGCCUUGCCUGUGAUGCCCCACCCUCCACCUUCCAACCCAUCCCCCAAGGUCCCUGCACCCCCCAUCCUGCCCUCAUCCAGCCAUGUGAGCACCUCAUCCUCACCCUGGGUGCAGCACAUCCCACCGCCCAUUCCCAUCCCUCCCCCACCAUCCAUCCCCACCCAAGACCUCACUCCCACCCGUCCACUGCCCUCGGCACUAGAAGAAGCUCUGGGCAACCACCCCUUCCGCCCUGGGGACAUAGGCAAUCCAACAGAGGACUGGGAGGCAAAGAACCACGGUGGGAAGCCCACCAGCUCCCCCGUCCCGCCCACCCCAAAGACAUUUUGCCCAAGCCCACAGCCUCCUCGAGGCCCUGGCGUGUCCACCAUCUCCAAACCUGUCAUGGUCCACCAGGAGCCCAACUUUAUCUACAGGCCAGCCGUGAAAUCCGAGGUCCUGCCACAAGAGAUGUUGAAGAGGAUGGUGGUUUAUCAGACAGCAUUCAGACAAGACUUCCGGAAAUAUGAGGAAGGCUUUGACCCCUACUCCAUGUUCACCCCAGAGCAGAUCGUAGGGAAGGACAUCCGGCUUCUGCGCAUUAAGAAGGAGGGAUCUUUAGACUUGGCCCUGGAAGGUGGUGUGGACUCCCCGAUCGGGAAGGUGGUCGUCUCUGCUGUUUACGAGGGGGGAGCAGCUGAGUGGCACGGUGGCAUUGUGAAGGGGGAUGAGAUCAUGGCGAUCAAUGGCAAGAUUGUGACAGACUAUACUCUGGCUGAGGCUGAGGCUGCCCUGCAGAAGGCCUGGAAUCAAGGGGGGGACUGGAUGGACCUUGUUGUUGCCGUCUGUCCCCCCAAGGAGUACAACGAUGAACUCUCUUCUCUUCCCUCCUCCGCAGCAGAAAGCCCCCGGCCGGUCCGAAAGCUCCUUGAAGACCGGUCUCCCGUGCACAGACACGGGUUCCUCCUGCAGCUGGAGCCCACGGUGAAUAGGCAGGCAGGCACGGGGCCCUGGCUGUCACACUGCAUGCAGUGGCCAUCUGCUGUACUGUCAGCAGGUUCUUUGGACUGGUGUCUGGGGGGAUACACAAGGUGCCGUUUCUGCGGUGCUGCCUAGGGCCUGCUGUUGGCCAUGCUGGAAUUCUGUCACACUCAAAGGCCCUCCACCUUGGGAGAAUGGUGCAGCGCCCAGUUGAGCACUUGCUUGGGACAUAGGCGUGCUGACUCACCACAGCCCUUGGGACUUGCCUGGGCUGUCCCCAAUGAGCAGGAUGGAUCAGCGAGUGCCUUUCACUACUGGGUGCAGACAGUGCCUCAGACGAGGCAUGUUGGGCUGGGAGAGCCCAGGGGAAGCCCAGGUGGAAUUUCCCCCAAGAGGUGUCAUCAACAAAAUGUGCCUCCCUUGCCUGUGAAUCCCACCCUGCUGGGGACCUCUGCUCUACCCUGGCCCCCCUGCUUGGGCAGAGCCAGGGCUAUUAAGAGGUUUUUAUGGCUGGUCCAAAGAACCAGGGUUGGAAGAUUAGAGUUGCUCAUGUCCUGUUGUGCCCUGUCAUGGACUAAGCCCUGCUCCGACCAGACUAUUCUUAGUACUUUCUCCAUCCCUUGGCUCCAAGCUCUAUCUGUGGGACAUACCGUGGAGCCCAGCUUUGGGAGGUGCUUCCCGCCCCAUGACAGGGCUGUGCCCAUGGACGGAGCUAGCAGGUGGCUGUGAAAUGGGUGUUUGGUGUGGCCUGAAGCCUACAGCUGGCAGCAUCUAGGGCAGACCAAUGGACUUGUUGACUUUUUUGUUACAAGUUUCCUAAAACAUUAGGGCCUCAUGCUCCCAAGACAGUUGGCCUACUACACUGUUGCUUCUGGGAAGGCCUAAGUGGCCCUAUGUUUUCUGUCACUUGCUCUUUGCAAGAGACCCCUACCCCUCUUCCUCUCAGAUCCCUGCUCUCUCAUCCUGGGCAUCCUUUCUGCAUUCUCCUGGGCCUCCUGUGUGCUGUGGCUGUGGCUGUGGGAGUAUAGCCACUUGGGGCCUGCUCUAAGAGGGGCCUCAGAGAUUAGCAGGGCCUUGAGAUGCCAGGUGACUACUCCC